GUUGGUAGAAUGUGGAGUAGCAAGGCAGCUAAAAGUCAAAAGAGGUUCUCUUCUACCUCUCGAUGUGAAAAAAAAAAUGAUUCCAGUUGUAAAGUGAAGAGUUUAGGGAUGGACAAGCAGUUGGCUCAUAAUAAACACCUGAGGGAUUCUGGUGACUUUGAUUGUGUUCUGAUGUACCCAGACUUUGGUCUGGUUAACACUAUUCCAGGAACUUCACAGCCAUUUACAGUUGAGAGAUAUAAGGAAGCAAUUGGAAGGCCUUAUAAUCGAGUCAACUUGUACUUGUGCAAGGUCUCUGACUUUGAAAUUGCCAAUGAUAUUGAGAUACUGAAGAUGAAUCUCUGUGACCACACAGCCCCCCAACAAUUAACUCUCAGGACUGGAAUAGCAACCAAACUAUGUUAACUCCUAACAAGCAGGCAAUUUUUUGCUAUGAUUACCAAACAAGUAUCUCUGAAACCCAAGCGAGUAUCUUCGCCACCAAAGCAAGUAUCUCUGAUGCCCAAGAAAGUACCUCUGGCACCCAAUCAAGUGACUGUGGAACCCAAGCGAGCAUCUCCACCACCAAAGCAAGUACCUCUGAUGACCAAGAAAGUACCUCUGGCA